AAAAUAAAUAUAAGGGCGGCCAUCUUUGUUUCUCUGCCUUGUAGUGUAAAAUAUUCCAAAACGCCCCCCACUUUGUGUGUGUGUGUGUGUGUAAGUGUGUGUCUAUGUGUGUGUGUGUGUGUGUGUGUGCCGAUUUGAAUAUUAAAAUAAAUAUUAUUCGAAAGGAAUAUACUUUUUUGAUCUCGAGGACGGGGUCGCUGACAGGAAUAUAAUGUCCUCUCCUCUCCGUUCUUGUGAGGAAGAUGAGGGCAUGGCGGUUAAUUCCGAGGGAGGAGAUUUUGAUGAAGAAGAAGAAGACGACGGGGAGCUGGACGAGAACGCAAGCGACAUAAACUCGCCGGCGGCGCCUCGAGAAACUGCAGCGUUAACCGCGCCAGACGAUGGUGAGGAUGGAACGGAGAUAUCAGACAGGGAAAGCCUGGGAAAGAAGAAAAGAGGUCCAAAAAAGAAGAAGGAAACUAAAAAGAAAGACAAAGAGGGCAAGAUCACCAAAGCACGGAAGCGCAAAAAAAUAGACAGUGAUAUAGAGAGAGACUCAGAACAGGACUAUGGCGUGAACUCAGACAGUGCCAUUAGUGAUUAUGGAGAGAAGAAAAAGAAAAAGAAGCAUAAAGACAAGAAAGAAAAGAAGACCAAGAAAAAGAAGAAAGAUGAUGAAGACAGCACACACGAAGAGACCACAAAACCAGUAGAACUAAAGACAUCAGCUCAGUUGGCCAAAGACUGGGGUCUGGAGGAUGUGGAUCAUACUUUCACAGAGGAGGAUUAUCGCACACUAACCAACUACAAGGCCUUUAGCCAGUUCAUGAGGCCGAUGAUAGCUAAGAAGAACCCUAAGAUCCCCAUGUCUAAAAUGAUGACCAUCUUGGGAGCGAAGUGGAGAGAGUUCAGCUCCAAUAACCCCUUCAAAGGUUCAGCAGCCGCUAUUGCAGCUGCAGCAGCUGCUGCGGCGGCAGCCGUAGCUGAACAGGUCUCCGCAGCAACAGUCUCUCCUGAGCCACCCCCUCAGCCACCCCCACUUCGCAAGGCCAAGACCAAAGAAGGGAAAGGCCCUGGUUAUAAGAAGCGCAGCAAGAGUCUACGCGCCUCUGACAAAAAGAAGCCCAAGCCUAAGAAGAUGGCUCCCCUCCGAAUAAAACUGGGAGCUCUCGGGAACAAGCGCAAGAAGAGCAGCUCGAGUGAAGAUGUGGACGAUGAUGACUCUGAGCAGGAGAACUCGAGUGUUCACAGCUCAUCAGUGCGCUCAGACAGUUCCGGCCGAGUGAAAAAGAACAAACGAGGUCGGCCAGCAAAGAAAAAGAAGAAGGUGCCGGGAGAUGAGGAUGGUGAUGGCUAUGAGACAGAUCAUCAGGACUACUGUGAGGUGUGUCAGCAGGGAGGGGAGAUCAUCUUGUGUGACACAUGCCCCAGAGCGUAUCACCUAGUGUGUCUGGAGCCUGAGCUGGAGAAGGCUCCUGAGGGCAAGUGGAGCUGCCCACACUGCGAGAAAGAAGGGAUUCAGUGGGAGGCAAAAGAAGAAGACUUUGAGGAGUUUGAGGAAGAGUGUGAUGAUGGAGGGGUGGUGGAGCCAGGACCAGGAGGAGAGGAAGAGGAGGAUGAUCACAUGGAGUUCUGCCGAGUGUGUAAAGAUGGAGGGGAAUUGCUGUGCUGUGACUCCUGCCCUUCCUCUUAUCACAUACACUGCCUCAACCCCCCACUGCCUGAAAUACCCAAUGGAGAGUGGCUCUGCCCCAGAUGCACCUGUCCACCAAUCAAAGGGCGUGUGCAGAAGAUCUUACACUGGCGAUGGGGUGAACCGCCUCCUCCUGUGCCUGUUCCUCCGCCCCCAGAUGCGCCACCUGAUGCUCCACCCCCACCUCCCAUGAAAGGCCGGCCAGAGAGAGAGUUCUUCGUGAAAUUGGCAGGACAGUCCUACUGGCAUUGUACAUGGAUCACUGAACUUCAGCUGGAGAUCUUUCACUCUGUGAUGUUCCGUAACUACCAGCGGAAGACUGAUAUGGACGAGCCACCUAGUUUAGACUAUGGUUCUGGAGGAGAGGAGGAUUCUGGGAAAAGUGAGAAACGACGGGCCAAAGACCCUCAAUACGCUAUCUUAGAGGAGAAGUACUACCGCUAUGGCAUUAAGCAAGAAUGGAUGAUGGUACACAGAAUAAUUAACCACAGUGUGGAUAAGAAGGGGAACUACCACUACCUGGUGAAGUGGAGAGACUUAACUUACGAUCAGUGUACAUGGGAAAGAGAUGACUUGGACAUCCCAGAGUUUGGCAUCCAUAAGGCAGCUUACUGGAGACACAGAGAGGAGGUGAUGAAGGAAGACCCAGACAAGCCAAGGAAAAUGAGGAGAAAAGAGGAGAAUGAUGAUGCUCCUGGCACGCCUGUUAAUGAUCCUACAAUAAAGUACGAGGAGCAGCCGGACUUUGUGACAGUGACAGGGGGAACGCUGCACCUCUAUCAGUUGGAAGGGCUCAACUGGCUGCGCUUCUCCUGGGCUCAGGGCACUGAUACCAUCCUGGCUGACGAGAUGGGCCUGGGCAAGACUAUCCAAACCAUUGUCUUUCUCUACUCACUCUUUAAAGAGGGUCACACCAAGGGGCCGUUCCUGGUGAGCGCCCCACUCUCCACCAUCAUCAACUGGGAGCGGGAGUUUGAGAUGUGGGCUCCAGACUUUUAUGUGGUCACAUACACGGGAGACAAAGACAGUAGAGCGAUCAUCCGUGAGAAUGAGUUCUCCUUUGAUGACACUGCCAUGAAAGGAGGGAAGAAAGCUUUCAAACUGAGGAGAGAAGCGCCCAUUAAAUUCCAUGUGUUGCUGACGUCCUACGAGCUGGUGACUAUUGACCAGACGGCCCUGAAAUCCAUCGACUGGGCCUGUCUAGUGGUGGACGAAGCUCACCGUCUGAAAAAUAAUCAGUCCAAGUUUUUCAGGCGACUGAAUGACUAUAAGAUUGAUCAUAAACUGCUGCUAACAGGCACGCCCCUUCAGAACAACCUGGAAGAGCUUUUUCACCUGCUUAAUUUCCUCACACCCAACCGCUUCAAUAAUCUGGAGGGUUUUCUGGAGGAGUUUGCGGACAUCUCCAAAGAGGACCAGAUCAAGAAGCUGCAUGAUCUGCUGGGGCCGCACAUGCUGAGACGGCUCAAGGCGGAUGUAUUUAAGAACAUGCCGGCUAAAACAGAGCUCAUCGUGCGUGUGGAGCUUAGCCCGAUGCAGAAAAAAUAUUACAAGUUCAUCCUGACACGGAACUUUGAGGCACUGAACUCGAAGGGAGGAGGGAACCAGGUUUCUCUGCUCAACAUCAUGAUGGACCUGAAAAAAUGUUGCAACCACCCCUACCUCUUUCCUGUCGCAUCCAUGGAAGCUCCGAAGGCACCAAGUGGAACAUAUGAGGGGGUCAGCCUCACAAAGGCUUCUGGGAAACUAAUGCUGCUGCAAAAGAUGCUGAGAAAACUGAAAGAGCAGGGCCACCGAGUGCUUGUGUUCUCUCAGAUGACUAAGAUGCUGGAUUUGCUAGAGGAUUUCCUGGACUAUGAGGGUUAUAAGUAUGAGCGCAUUGACGGGGGAAUCACUGGAGCACUACGACAGGAGGCCAUAGACAGAUUUAAUGCUCCAGGUGCAGUUCAGUUUUGUUUCCUUCUGUCUACAAGGGCAGGGGGAUUGGGAAUCAAUCUGGCGACUGCAGACACUGUCAUUAUCUUUGACUCUGACUGGAACCCUCAUAAUGACAUUCAGGCCUUCAGUCGGGCCCACAGGAUUGGUCAGGCAAAUAAGGUGAUGAUCUAUCGGUUUGUGACCCGUGCGUCUGUUGAGGAACGGAUUACCCAGGUAGCCAAGCGUAAGAUGAUGCUGACCCACCUGGUGGUGCGGCCAGGGCUAGGCUCCAAAGCUGGCUCUAUGUCCAAACAGGAGCUAGACGACAUCCUCAAGUUCGGCACUGAAGAGCUUUUCAAGGACGAAACCGAAGCGGGAGACAAUAAGGAUGAGGACAGCAGCGUGAUUCACUACGAUAAUGCUGCCAUUGAACGUCUGCUAGACCGGAGUCAGGAUGCCACAGAUGACACCGAUAUGCAGAAUAUGAACGAGUACCUUAGCUCUUUCAAAGUAGCCCAGUACACAGUCCGAGAGGACGACAAGAUUGAGGAGAUUGAGAGAGAGAUCAUUAAGCAGGAGGAGAACGUAGACCCAGAUUACUGGGAGAAGCUUCUCCGGCACCAUUACGAGCAGCAGCAGGAGGAUCUGGCCCGCAACUUGGGCAAGGGCAAGAGAGUCCGCAAACAGGUCAACUACAAUGAUGCUGCACAGGAGGAUCAAGAGUGGCAUGCUGAUAUCUCAGACAACCAGUCUGAAUACUCUGUGGGAUCUGAGGAGGAGGACGAGGACUUUGAUGAGAGGCCAGAAGGUCGAAGGCAGUCUCGGAGGCAGAUCAGAAACGAAAAGGAUAAACCACUGCCUCCUCUGUUGGCUCGAGUGGGUGGCAACCUUGAGGUAUUGGGCUUUAACACGCGUCAGAGGAAAGCCUUCCUGAAUGCGGUGAUGAGAUGGGGUAUGCCUUCUCAAGAUGCUUUCUCUUGCCAGUGGCUGGUACGAGACCUGCGUGGCAAAAGCGAGAAAGAGUUCAAGGCAUAUGUUUCUCUCUUCAUGAGGCACUUGUGUGAGCCGGUAGCUGAUGGUUCAGAGACGUUUGCCGAUGGUGUGCCAAGGGAAGGUCUGUGCAGGCAACCUGUGUUGACCCGCAUCGGAGUCAUGAGCCUGGUGAAAAAAAAGGUUCAGGAAUUUGAACACAUUAAUGGAAAAUGGAGUAUGCCUGAGCUGAAGCCUGAAGUCACUGGGGACUCGAAGAAAUCCUCAAGAGCUUCCUCACCUGCCAUUAAAACAGCUACACCUACUCCAGAACAGAGCUGCAACAAUACACCCUGCACCUCAAAGCCAGCCACACCCUCUCCACCUGAGAAACCAGAAAAGAUUGGAAAGGAGGGCGAGCGAGAAGACGGAGAGAGCCUGACUGAUGCAGAGAAGGAGAAGGGGAGAGAGGAGAAAGAAGGAGAAAACCCAGACAGUACAGAAUCUAAAGAGGAGACUGAGAAAGAUCCUGCACCCAGUGAAAAGCCUGAGCCAUCUGAAGGGUCCGUAGGAGCAAGUGCAGGAGACUCCAAGUCAAAAGAAACUUUUGACACCGUUCCCCCCUCACCAAAGGCAAAGUGUGGGAAAGAGAAGGGUGGAGAGGAGGACAGCCCUAAGAAAGAGGCUUGUAUUGAAAAAAUGAAGGAAGAAUCUUCAUCAGAACUUUCUGCAGUCAAAGACGAGACGCAAGCAGCAGAGAAAGGGGAGAAGAGUGAAAAGGGAGGAACAGGUGAAAAAGUCAUGGAAGAGAAAGAAAAGAGCGAGGAGACACCUGUUGCUACAGAAUCAGCAGAAAAGAAGGAGAAAGCAGAAGGCCAAGUGCAGGAUGUUAAGAAUGAUGAGAGCAAGAUGGAAAAAGAUGCUGGGAAAGAGGUCAAAGGGCAGAAAGAGGAGACGACCAAGGGAAAUGGCAAACCAACUGAGCGUCCGCGGUUCAUGUUCAACAUUGCAGAUGGAGGAUUUACAGAGUUGCACACGUUGUGGCAGAAUGAGGAGCGAGCAGCAAUCUCAUCUGGGAAGAUGAAUGAGAUCUGGCAUCGGCGGCACGACUUCUGGCUGCUGGCUGGCAUCGUACUUCAUGGCUACGCUAGAUGGCAGGACAUUCAGAACGACCCCCAGUUUGCCAUUGUCAAUGAGCCGUUCAAGUCCCAGGCCAACAAGGGCAACUUCCUGGAGAUGAAGAACAAGUUCCUGGCCAGGAGGUUUAAGCUCUUAGAGCAGGCGUUGGUAAUUGAGGAACAGCUGCGUCGGGCAGCAUACCUUAACAUGACGCAAGACCCCUCUCAUCCAGCCAUGGCCCUGAAUGCACGCUUCGCUGAGGUGGAGUGUCUGGCAGAAUCGCACCAGCAUCUCAGCAAAGAGUCGCUUGCAGGAAACAAACCUGCCAAUGCCGUCCUACACAAGGUUCUCAACCAACUGGAGGAGCUGCUCAGCGAUAUGAAAGCUGAUGUAACGCGGCUUCCUGCCACACUGUCCAGAGUCCCACCAAUCGCAGCACGCCUGCAAAUGUCCGAGAGGAGCAUUCUCAGCAGACUGGCCAACAAGGGCAAUGAGACACACACACCACCGCCCAUCCCACCUGGACCAUAUGCAACUCCGCAGAACUACGGCCCCCCGUUCACCCCAGCACCACCAGCCAUGGCUCUGGCUGCUGCCAACUACAGCCAGAUGCCUCCAGGCUCGUUCAUAUCAGUGCUGAAUGGGCCUCCAAUGUCAGUCAAAAAAGAACGAGAGGCAGAGCUUAUGAUGGGAAGGAGGGAGCAACGCAGUGGAGAAGUGAUCUGCAUCGACGAUUGAGGCCAGCCAUAAUCCCCAGCCCUACACACACACACACACACUCUCAAGCCUUUCUCCUGUUCUCUCAGCAGAGCUAAAGUGAUGAAAGUAUGUUAUGGCCAGGAUGUGAUUGGCAAAAUGAACAACAAAUUAGGGGGAAAAAUCCUCUGAACACACAACACAUAACUUUAUCUGGCAAAGUAUCUAGUUAUUAUAAUAGCACUGCUUUGAUGAAAACCAGUACAACAGGCUGUAUUAAAAAAACAAAAAAACAAACCCAGAACACAAAACUACUUUCAAAUGUCUGCCUUGUUGUCUAUCUAUUCUCGCUCAAAUUCUGCCUUGAACCAACUGCUCUCUCACACACACACACAACUACAGAACCUCAUUUGCAUCCUGCCUUUGUAAAAGCAUUUGCCAGGCCUCAUAUCAUCCCCUUGUUUCAGCAGCAUGCUUUCCCAUUCUGUGUUUCAUGUAAAAAGAAACAUAUCCGUGCAUCCAGCCGUGCCUCCCAUUCUGUACUACAAUCCUAGUAACAGCAGGAUUUUUUUUUUUUGGGUCAUUUCAGUACAAGUAGCUGUAAAGCUAACACUGAGAAUAGUGCUGUUCACUACCUUAACUGUUACAGUUAUCGAGAUGAAAUCGAUUUCUUUAAGAUGCAGCUCGCGCUUUUGUAAUUAUUCCACAUAUUUGGAUUUUUGAGCUGCCUGAUAUGAUUACAAAGGAGAGACAUUUAAGACAGGGGCAUUGGUCAUGGUCUCCUGUUUGACUAGACAGGCCUUUAUGGCGUUAGCUUUUGGAACAUAAGCAUUGAUAUGUAUUUAGAUUGGCACAUACGAAUUAAGCCAUGACGUCAUUAAAUUAAACAUCUGAAAGUAUUUUUUAGCUGUCAUCUUCGUGAUGGUUACUAUAUAUCAAGUUCAACAGUGCUUUACCUGCUCUAAUUCCCCUCUGGCUCCAUUCUAUCUUUCCCUUAUCUCCACAUUACUGUACUCUUCCUUGCUCUUAUACAGACAAAAAAAGAAAAUCACCUACUUCUUUAUGUCUCAGCACUCCUUUCCACUUUGAUUUUCAUAUUUCUCUUUCUCCUUUUGACAGAGUCUCUGAAUUGUUUGCAUAUUUAAGCUCAGUUCAUUGUGUUUUUCUGUGUUUUUAAUCCUUGUUCUUUGCACCUAUAAUUAUUGUUAACGUUACAGUUGAUGUCGUCCUUGAUGUUACGAUUGCGAAGCUUCUACCAAAUGAAAAUAAGAAAAAAAAAGAAAGAUAAUUCUUCGUAUGUUUGGUCCAUGAUGUUUCUCUAUAUACAGCAUAUUGUUAUAAUAGCCAACGAAGAGGUUGAACGAACUUCGGAACAGUUAACAUCUUUCUAGCUUGCGAUCUACAGUAGAUUUGGGGGCUUGCAAGUAAUCUGCACACAGUGGAUCACUCAUGUAAUCCUAAAACGCAUUGACUAUAUAAUGACUUCAUCUAUUAUAUCUAAGAUUAGAAAGCAAAAUCCCUUCAUUGUCUCUGAAAACUUGUAAACUUGACACCUUUGGCUGCUGAAAUGCACAGUAUUAAUGACAUAAGCGCCUUAACAGCAAAACAACUGUAAAGAGUUGAACAGAGUAUGUAAUUCUGCACCUGCUUGCUCUUACAUUAUCCUUAGCUAGGCCUCAACUCAAAGAGGUAGAUAACGAGUUGAAAAUUUAAUUUAUUUGCUCUACUCCCUUGCAUACCUCCUGUGUGAAGACUGAGAAAAUUACAUUUCAGUGCUUGACUAAAAUUGGGAGAGUUCAAGUGUUGAAUCAAGCACCACUUUUUGUCCACUCUGUAUUUCUGUUUUUAUUUGUUUCUGUUCCAGCAUUUCAUUUAUUAAUAAGUGUCACUGUGUAAGCUGUGGUUCCGAACCAGUUCCAAAUCAGUGGCUAUGUUGUGAUUUGACUCCGGGUGGACGAACGGAACAUGUUAAUAAUGCAUCUCUCUUUUCUUUUGUUUUGUUUGUAAUAAAGAUUCGAAUGAA